UUGAGUUUGUUUCUCUUAAUCUAAGUUACUGUGUCGUGAAUCUUAGUUUUUUUUUUUGUAAUUUCGUCGCUGAAAUUCAUUUUCUUGUUGUAUAGUUGGAUCAUUGGAUCUGAUUUGCUCAAAACUUCUUUGCAUAUAAGGUGCAUUAAGGAUUUAAGAUCUGGUUUUUGAUUCUUCUUAUUCGUAUCAGAGAUUUUUCGAUUGCUAUAGAUCGUUUGCAUUGUUCUUACUUCGUGGUUUCUGUUUCAAUGCAGCCGGAUACAGUAUGGCUCUAGGGCUGUCUCGAGAUUUUAGGGAGAUUUUAAACAAUUUAGUAAAAUUUUAGUUUAAAAAAAUUGGUAAAUUGUUACAAAAAAAAGUUUUUUUUUUGUAAAAAAAAAUGGUGCAAAUUUUAAAAGUUUUUUUUUUUGUAAAUUUGGAAGCAAUUUCUGUGUAAACUAUUUCUUAAAUUUUGGAGGACAUUUUGUUAAUGUUUCACUAGGCUGGCUAUAUAUGCUCAGGACCAUCUCUGUAUGGCUCAUUUAGAAAUAUUCUAGCUAGCUCGAAAGUGGUUGAAUCAUGACUGAUCACGGAUAGGUUUGAAAACUUUUAAUGCUGAUGCAUUAUGUGUUAGAAUGUUCUAGAAGGCCUGAGUUUGUUGAGGGAGGUUUUGGUGAAACAGGUGUUUCUAAAGUUUUUUUUUUUUGUUUGCUAAAUUACAUUUUGAUUUUGUUGUAUGGUGAGAUAAGCUUAGAAAGUAUGCAUUGGCCAAAGCCUCUUUGGUUUACCAACUUAACAAGUUAGCAUGGGUUUGGUGACCCAGCUCUCCUACUUGAUCUUUGCAGGGCUAUUAACUCGUACCUGAGCCGUAGGGAGAUUGUCGUGAGGAUGUCUAGUGGUCGAAACACACACUGGUGUCACAGAUGCCAACGUGGUGUUUACCUUCGUGGUCGAGACUCUCUCUCUUCCUAUUGUGGAGGAGGGUUUGUCGAGGAAAUCGAUGUAACGCCUCAUAGUAGCACCUUAGAUAUGCUUAGAGCUCACAGAGAUGUUGAGCGUGAUCCAACGUUUGAUCUCAUGGAAGCUUUCUCAGCUUUUAUGAGAAGCCGUUUAGCGGAAAGAAGCUACGACCGUGAAAGCUUUUCAAGUAUAGCUCCUUUCUUGAUCUUUGGUGGCCAAGCUAAUAAUCAUACUGCAGUGGAAGCUUUAAUCAACGGGUCACCAGCCAUUGGUAUCACUCGUGGCAACAACACCAAUGCUGGAGACUACUUUUACGGACCGGGUCUUGAAGAGUUGAUUGAGCAGCUUUCGUCAGGGAUUAGUCACCAUAGAGGUCCACCACCUGCAGCGAAAUCAUCUAUUGAUGCAUUACCAACAAUCAAGAUCACACAGAAGCAUCUCAAGUCGUCAGACUCUCACUGUCCGGUUUGCAAAGAGGAGUUUGAGUUGAAGUCAGAAGCAAAACAGAUGCCGUGUAAACAUGUGUAUCAUUCUGACUGUAUCGUCCCGUGGCUGGUUCAGCAUAAUACGUGCCCUGUUUGUCGUAAAGAGUUACCAUCAAGAGGUUCGUCUUCAAGCACACAGAGUGAUCAGAACAGAAGUACCAGUAGAAGAAGGAACCCUUUCUCCAGUCUCUGGCCAUUUCGCUCGUCUAGCGCAAGCUCUACACAAAACCGCAGAGAUACAAACAACAAAGCCAAUACAGAAGAAGGCCAGUAUACUCAUCACCAUCAUCACCAGCAUCAGCAACAACAAUCCAAUAUGGGUUAUAGUGGAUGGCCUUUUGACUAUUAACUCUUGGUUAAGCCUUUGUAUCUCACUUUGGUCUUUCGUAUUUUGUUCUAACACUUUGUCUUAUUCUGCUGUCUUUCAUUUAAUGGUAGAUCUUAUCUUUAUGUGGAUUAUGGUUUAUCAACUUUGUUUUUUAAUUUAAUGGAUUAUAGAUAUCACACAUGUUAGCAUGUUA